AUGUUAAAAUAUACUUUUCCAUUUUUGAUAAUUUUGAUGAAUAAUAAUAAUAAUGUUUUUGGAAUAAGUCUUGACGACAACAUCCAAAAUAAUAUUGAUAAUUAUGAAACCAUUUCUAAUAAUUCUAAUAAUACAACAACAACACUUGGCGACGACAAAAAUGCUAUUACAGACUUUUAUCUUGUAGUCACAAUUGGUUUACUCGCUUCAUUAAUGAAUCUCCUCGGUAGUUUAUAUGUUAUACAUCGAACUUAUAUUGUUUGGAAACUAGAUAAAAUUAUAACAUUAUCUUUAAGAAUGCCAUUUUAUAUCGCAUUAACAGAUGCAUUUUUAUCUUUUAUUCAUACGAUAAAUUUAUCUUAUACAGCAGCUAAUAAAACAACUUGGACACAGUCUUCAUGUGCAGUUAUUGGAGGACUUGUAAUAAUUUUAUUCGCGAUAAACGCUCUUUUAGUUGGUAUAAUAGCAAUAGCAACAUGGUUACGUGUAUGUAAAAAUAUUGAAAUAGAUAAUGGAAUUUAUGACUAUAAAUUAUGGGCCAUUACCAUAACGUUAUCAUUGAUUAUAAUAUAUGAAAACGAUAAUAAUGAGAAAGAAUCAACAUUAUCUCCAUUACCAACAUUCAACACUAAUAAAAGAAACAAACCGGAUCUAUUGACUUUAAGAUAUACGAAUUUAUCACAUAUUACAGUUGAUUUCAGUAAUACUGGUGAUAAUGAUAAUGUUGGUAGUAAUGAUAUUGACAACAUAAAAGGUUCUUAUAAAAAAUUGGUUCAGAAUGAAAUUAAUGAAAUUAACAAAAGAAGAAGACUUUAG